CUGGGGUGGGGCUUAUUUGGGAGGCUGGUGGCCUUGAACUGUGUUCAGGAGCUCGGGCCGGAGAAAGGCCCCGGAGACUUGAAGCCCUUGUCCGGGAGGGAUGAAACACGCAAAGGAACCCGAGGAACGGGGUAGGGGACCAAGAGCAGAACCAGCUCCUCCUGCGCGGGGACAGGGCCAGUGGAGCGGCCUGGAGGAAUCCCUCCCAGCCGCUAAGCCCGGGAAGGCUGCGAGGCCCCGGCGCGGAGCAGCCCCUCCCACCUCCCCGAGGGCGGGCGGAGCAAAGCCACGGGGCCUGGGCCCAGGUUUUGUGCCUGCGGAGGCUGGACUUCCCCGCCACCCCGAGGAGCCACCGAGGGCCUUCUGUGCCUGGCAGGGUCCCUGGGAGGCCCGCGCUUUCUCUGAAAGUGAAAGGAGUGGGCGGGGGGCGCGGCCGAGGCGGGGCGCGGGCGGGCAGCGGCGCAAGCUCCGCCCCGGGGCCGUCUGCAGCCGGGGGCGCCGAGCCGCUCCAGUCCCCGGCACGCCGCGGGCUGGUGGGCUCAGCGGCGGCGCCGGCACUGGGAAAUGACCCUGCCCGGGGGCCCAACGGGCAUGGCGCGGCCGGGGGGCGCGAGGCCCUGCAGCCCGGGGCUGGAGCGGGCCCCGCGCCGGAGUGUCGGGGAGCUGCGCCUGCUCUUCGAGGCGCGCUGUGCGGCGGUCGCUGCGGCCGCCGCCGCGGGGGAUCCCCGGGCUCGCGGGGCCAAGCGGCGUGGGGGACAGGUCCCCAACGGGCUUCCGCGGGCUCCCCCGGCCCGGGUGAUCCCUCAGCUGACCGUGACAGCCGAGGAGCCCGACGUGCCCCCGACCAGCCCUGGGCCGCCCGAGCGGGAGAGGGACUGCCUCCCGGCAGCGGGCUCUUCGCACCUGCAGCAGCCGCGCCGCCUUUCCACCUCGUCGGUCUCUUCCACUGGCUCCUCGUCGCUGCUCGAGGACUCGGAGGACGACCUGCUGAGCGACAGUGAGAGCCGGAGCCGCGGCAACGUGCAGCUGGAAGCGGGCGAGGACGUGGGUCAGAAAAGCCACUGGCAGAAGAUCCGAACCAUGGUCAAUCUGCCGGUCAUAAGCCCUUUCAAGAAGCGCUACGCCUGGGUGCAGCUGGCGGGGCACACAGGGAGUUUUAAGGCGGCGGGCACCAGCGGGCUGAUCCUGAAGCGCUGCUCCGAGCCGGAGCGCUACUGCCUGGGGCGGCUGAUGGCUGACGCGCUGCGCGGCUGCGUACCUGCCUUCCACGGCGUGGUGGAGCGCGACGGCGAAAGCUACCUGCAGCUGCAGGACCUACUAGAUGGCUUCGACGGGCCUUGCGUGCUCGACUGCAAAAUGGGCGUCAGGACUUACCUAGAGGAGGAGCUGACCAAGGCCCGUGAGCGGCCCAAGCUACGGAAGGACAUGUACAAGAAGAUGCUGGCGGUGGACCCUGAAGCGCCCACUGAGGAGGAGCACGCGCAGCGCGCAGUCACCAAGCCACGCUACAUGCAGUGGCGGGAAGGCAUCAGCUCCAGCACCACGCUCGGCUUCCGCAUCGAGGGCAUCAAGAAAGCGGACGGUUCCUGCAGCACCGACUUCAAGACUACGCGAAGCCGGGAGCAGGUGCUUCGCGUCUUUGAAGAGUUUGUGCAAGGAGACGAGGAAGUGCUGAAGCGGUAUCUGAACCGCCUGCAGCAGAUCCGGGACACCCUGGAGGUCUCCGAGUUCUUCAGGAGGCACGAGGUGAUCGGCAGCUCGCUCCUCUUUGUGCACGAUCACUGCCAUCGCGCCGGCGUGUGGCUCAUCGACUUCGGCAAGACCACGCCCCUCCCCGAUGGCCAGAUCCUGGACCACCGGCGGCCCUGGGAGGAGGGCAAUCGCGAGGACGGCUAUUUGCUGGGGCUGGACAAUCUCAUUGGCAUCCUGGCCAGCCUGGCUGAGAGAUGAGGCUGGACUCCUGUCCCCGUGGGCCGCCGCCCUGACAUGUGGACCUGCAGCUUUGUCCCCACCGUGCAUGCCGGCUUGAGACUGGAGCCCCGCGGUGCAGGGCAGUUCACCGGGUCCUGCAGGGCCAGGUGCCAACCACUAAGGGGGGGCACUGCCGACGCCAGGGGUUUCGCCCACCCCGGGCCCCAGCGUUCCCAGAGCCGAAUGACACUAACUUAUAGGAGGGGAGGGGGCAAAGGGCUUCUUCCUCAGGCCAGCUUUUCUGAGGAGGCUCUGCCCUCUCCAGAGGGGCCAGACUGUGGAUUUUAUUUAGCAAGCCUAGACCUUCUGGUCUAACCUCUCACACUAGGAUGGACUCCCCUUCCUAAUAAAACUCAAAGACAAGAUGCAGCUU